AUGGGCACAUGUUACAGUAAACGUUCAGCUUGUUAUUAUUUAACUCAAAAUACAACAUCUGAAACACCACCGGCUACAUUACGUCGUUUUAGUAAUUUACAUCAUAGUGUAAAAUCAUUUUCAUCCAUGGCAUAUCAACGUCGAAGUUUUCGUACGAAACCAUUGACAAUUAUAAAACAAAGUCCAAAAAAUAAACAACAUUGGUGUAUUAUUAAAUACAAUGAAACAAAAGAAGCACUUGUUUGA